AGUCCCCCGGGCCCCGGCUCAGGCUCGGUCGAGCGAGUGAAAUGACGUCAUGACACUCAUGGCCUCCGAUGGCUGACAGCUGCUGUUGCUGAAAGAGCAGUGUUAUUAUGUACGUGUCGCUAUGGGAAGCUGAAAAUGCCGGCCUCAUGACUGCGAAGGCCGACCUCUUGACCAUUCUUAUUUAUUGUGGUGGCUGCUCAACUGGGGUUGUGGAGACUUGGCGAGUUGGAGACUGUGAUUAUUACUACAGGUGACCACCAAGUUCGACGAUGGCCAGUUUCUCGAGGCGACUCAACCAAUUGUCUGCUCAACUUGACCAUCACCCCCAGAGUAUCAGACCGGCAAGCUCACUGGUGCAGCCUAAAGCGGGACUAUCAACCAAAUCCGAUUUACCGAAUCUCCGAUCUUCUGCAAGCUUGAUAAUCAUCCAACCACUUCAAUCGAUCACUCCGGAUGGCUAUAAUUAUCGGACGCUCUUGAUUCAGCGUAAUUCCACUCAGCGUUCAUUCUCGGCUGCCCAUGUCUUCCCAGGAGGUAAUCUCGAUCCAGAUGAUCACAACUACCAUCCAUUCCUUAACCGUCGAGCUUCAAAAGACAAGUCCAACGAACCUUCUGACCUUCAAAUCGCACUCAAGCUUUGUGCAAUUCGUGAAACGUUCGAAGAAGCUGGUAUCCUCACUGGGCUUUCGCCUGGUGUCGACAUUCCGAGCUCGGUUUUAAUAGAUUUUAGGCAAAAAUUAACAGAACAGACCGGUACUCAAUUCACCAACAUCAUUCAACACAUCCAAGAUCAUGUGCCCACUGCCAAAAACAAUCAGGAUAGCAAUCUAUUUUGCUUAGAUCGGUUAUCCCAUUAUGCAAAUAUCCUGACUCCUACCACAUCGCCUAAGAGGUGGGAUACGCACUUCUACCUUACCAUCUUGCCACCACAGUCCGACGUGAUUGCAAGGCAGAAUGAUAUGCAUAUAGCAACACCAGACAAAUCGGAGACGAUCUCAGUAGUAUGGUUGAGCCCAGCGGAGGCUCUCAAACGAUCUGUCUUAGCACCUUCUGAGCAGAGUGACUCUAUCACCCUCCCACCACCUCAAUUCUAUCUCCUCACCGAUCUAGCUCGCUGGAAGGAUUAUCGACAGCUCAUGGAUCAUACAAUCCGCAAGGUCUUCCCGUUAACUCCUGAAAUCGUCCAGCAGAAAUCAGAAGGAACUGUCGCUUUUUUCGUCGUCUUUCCUGGUGACCCAUUACAUUCAACCUCCGAAGAAUUGUACAAAACAAACAACUCAGUAGAUAAACAAUCUUUAAUCCAUCGGAUUCAGGUUCGUCAUGAGGCUACUAACUUCGGAUCUCAGCCUGGAAACUUUUUUCGUCCUAUGAGACUCCAUCGGUCUCAAAUUCACAAGCUUUUUGGCAAGGGAUGGGAAGACUUGGAUUGAACUUUUUUUACAACACGCAGUCAAAAUAUAUGUGUGGUCUUUGUGUCAGCUUUCUUGUAAGACAUAUUUUAUGUACAGCAUCGCACUCCAUUUGAUCAGUUUCCCAGCAGUCCGUAUCCUCAUUUUUUUCCUUAAAACUCGUUCCCGGCAAAGAAAAUCCACCAGCAAGCCCCUUUUUUCUUCCCUUGGUAAAUUCAAACAAGAAUCCCUUGAAUCUGAUAGCACUCUUCUCCGUUAGUUCUGAAGAAAAUUUUACUCACUAUGUUUCAAGCAGUCAUGAUAUUGAUAAGUUACAAUACUUGGUAGGCUGCUACUAUGCUUUUCUUCUUCAACUUGAGAAUUCCUACAUAAAUCUGCUAAGCUUGUGAUCAUAGAGCACAGUUUAAGUCAGGCUAAU